CCGGAGGUGAGGAGCGGCCGGGCCCGCCCGGCCCCGCGAAGUCCCGGUCUGUGGCCAUGGCUUAGGGCUGCUGAUCUUCCUUCUCUUACACCCUCCCCACGGUCCGCCACGGCGCGGCUCGGGGCUGGGGGUGGCGGGCCCCGUUCCCCGCGGCCCCGCACCUCAGCGCCCCGGCGGCAGGCCAUGGCUGGGCCGUUGCCUGGGUCCCUCCUUUCCGUCGCCCGCUCCCGGCCACGGUCCGCGACAUCCUGCCUGGGCCCUUUCUCCCCGUCGCCUCGGGCCAGCCCUACGUCCCCACCCCUUUCCCGGGACUUUUUCCUCUCCGAGGACCGAGUCAGCUGUACUCCUUUCUUUCUCGAGCCGCGAUCGGUCGUGCCUCCCCAUACCCGGCUCCCUUUUAGUCUCUCGGGACCUUCCUCAUGGUCCCAGCAGCCGCUUCCCGGUUACCUUCCUCCGCCCCCUCCCUCGUCGCGGACGGGGCCCGGCGGCGGCGGCGCACGGGCGGCGCGGCGGUUCCGGGGAGCUGGUGUCGGGGAGAGGCGGCGGUGGGCCCCUACAGCCGCUGCCGGGUGGGCCGGGAGGCUUGCGCGGGGGUGGCGCAGCUGCCCGCGGAGGUGUCCGGCUGCCCGAGGAUCUGGGCGCGCCCCACACCUCGCCUUCCCUGCGGCCGCUGCCUUGUCCCCGAAACCAGGAAGGACGGGUAGACGGAAAGUUAAGCUUCAGGAAAUGAAAGACAAGUACGAUGUUUUCCUGAAGUGGGACUGUAGCUUCAAGGGGAGGGGGUGUUUCCCGUCUCUCCCAGGCCGGAGGAAAACAUGCUGAUGUUUACACAGUUCCCGUUAUGAAUUCUUUUUCACAAUACCCUCAUAGCUUCCUAGUUUGUAUGCAUCUCGUAGUGUUUACUCGGUCUAGUCAUGUUAGGGAAAUAGUUUCAGAUUUUUCCAAGAGUAGAUAUUGGAAAAGGUGGACUUCUGAGGGUGUUUCUAGAGAAGGAUGGGUGGAGCAGAUGAUAAGGACUUAAUUCCUCUGUUUCGUUUGGCACCUCUUGUGUUUACGUGGGCUCUGCAUCUGUGGACAUCAUGCCAGCCCAAGGGAAGAAUAGAAACAGAGUGGAUGAAAAAGGGCAGUGGGACCUGCCCUUCUGCUGGCAGUUAUGAAGCUACAGCCUGAAUAAAUUCCUCAGUGAAAUUCGAGUCAGGAGUUAUAUGGUAGGACUACUGGCUUUCUAUAUACUUAGGCACAGAAGUCCUAAAUUUGAAUUCUGUAUACACUCUUUAAUGCCCUAUCAAAAAAGAAUAUUUUUUUCAGGGAAAUAAACUCUACAUUGAACACAGCUUGAAGAAUUGCAGCUUGAUUACCUUCAUUAAAAUUAUAGUAAUAAUUCUCUUAAAAAUAUUUGUUGUAU